CAGUAUGCUCGCGACUAUGGCCUACCCUACGACCGCCUCCUACGUGCCUACCAUGGAGGCAAUAGUCGAUCUACACGUCCUCCAAUAAAUCAAGUACUUGAUGAAGCUCAAGAGCUUGCCCUAGAGCAAUUCCUGGACCAUAUAGAACGCAUUAGCUUCGGUAUUCGGCACCGUCAAGUUGUAUCAGCCGCGAACGCGAUUUCCUCUGAGGCCUACGAGUAUGACGACCCGCCCGUAGUUGGCAUCAAUUGGGACAGGAGAUGGCUCAAGAAACACGCAAAAUACAACAAGAUUGUGCAGAAACCUAUGGAUAUACAGCGCAAGCAGGCACAGCAGCCUGCACGCAUUGCGGAGUGGUAUGCCGGCCUUUAUGCCUGGCGCGGUGAAUGGGGUAUAUUGGAUGAGGAUAUAUGGAAUUUUGAUGAGAGUGGCGUGUGCAUAUGA